UCAUUUAACCAUAUAGCCUAACACAUUUAAAAGUAAUGGGGUUGUUUUAAAAAUGUAAAGCAAAAGAUAUGCUAGGUGGGUCGGCGUCUCCUCACGGAGGGAUUACGGCUGCCUAUCAGCAGAACUCCCUGAAUUCCAUUCCGCCUUUUACGCAGGACAGUGGCUCGUGUAUCGCAAUAGCAUCGGACUUCCAAGUGACUUGCGUUGGCAUUACAGGUCGAAGUUUCGGAGUGCAAGAGAAAGUAGGAGCGAAGUGAUCUAUCUCUUUCACGUGAUUGAUUUUUAUUUAUUUAUUCCGUUUAAAUAGAAAACGCAUUAAGGAAUCAUUUUUAUGUUGAUGAAGUCCCACCGGGUGUGGGACGUAGAAAAUAAUUGUCCUUUAUAGAAAGUGUAAAGAGGUGCACCCAACCAUUACUCAGUGGCCAGACGUGAAGGACCUUGAUUUUCCUUUCCCCAGCAUUUGCAGCCUGUGCGAGGUUGGUGGAAAAUGGGCACGCGGAUCCACUCGGUCUCUGGACUUAUCGUCUCGUUGAUAUUUACAUGUCAUCUGAUAAAUGUGGCUCAGAGCUCCAAGGUGUGGGGAGAGGUCCCGCUGCCUGAGGACCUGGACUCCGAGAGGACUGUCGUCCAAAGGUCUCAGCGGUUCUUAGACGAUGACGAGGACUUCACUGCGGACGAAGCAUCAGGAGAUCUGCCCAGUGGAGAGGAGGAUGGAAGCACACCAGAACCCUCAGUGGUGACUGAGAUCAGCACAACGUACUACAGAGCUCUGGUGAACUUCACAGACUCCAUUGUGUACAGGCCUGACAUGGAGGACAUCUCCUCACUGUCUUUCCAGGAGAUCUCUGACGCGGUGGUGGACACGUUGGAGUCGGAGUACAACAAGAUCCCAGGCAUCCAGACUGUCAAUGUGGUCCUCAUCAAGAAGAUGCUGAGGCAGGAUGGGGUGGAUGUGUUUGUAGAGCUUGAUGUGGGCUCUGACUACAACAACAAUGACAAUCAGAUCCGCAACGUGCUCUAUGGAGUGGUGAAGGAGGGAACCAUCGCCUCCUACAUUACCUCUGUCCAGGGCUUCCAGUUCAGACGCCUGGGAGAAGUGGUCCCAGACUUUCGGCCGUGCAUGAAGGAUGAGCACACGUGUCGUGAUGGUGGGUGCAUCCCUCUGGAGUACCUGUGUGACAACAGACCUGAUUGCAAUGACAUGAGUGAUGAGCUGGAUUGUGAUAAGAUCCGUCCUGUUGCAGUUACCCCCACUCCUCCCACCACCAUCCCCAUCAAGAAGCCCCCACGCCCCCCUGGUCCCCCAGGGCCCUGCAAAGUGGACCAGGCCACCUGUCAGAAUGGGGAGUGUGUCCCCAGAGACUACCUCUGUGACGGAGAGAGAGACUGCUCUGAUGGCAGCGAUGAGUUCAGAUGCGGCACUCCCUCUCCCUGUGAACCAAAUGAGUUCAAAUGUAAGAACGGCCGCUGUGCUCUCAAACUGUGGCGCUGCGAUGGAGACAACGACUGCGAUGACAACUCAGAUGAGACAGACUGCCCCACCAGAGGUCCAGGUGACACGUGUGCCCCAGAGCAGUUUGUGUGCCUCAGUGACCGCACCUGCAUCCCAUCCAGCUAUCAGUGUGAUGAAGAGCCAGACUGUCCAGACCGCUCUGAUGAGUAUGGCUGCACUCCUCCAACAGUGACCAGGCCCCCAGAGGAGUCCAUUCAGGCAGUGCGGGGGGAGACGGUGACCUUUAACUGUGCGGCGGUGGGUGUUCCUACCCCUAUCAUCACCUGGAGGCUCAACUGGGGACAUAUCCCUGUCAGUGGCAGGAUCUCAAUGACCAGUGAGAAUGGGGGUGGCACCCUGACCAUCCGUGAUGUAAAGGAGGCGGACCAGGGGGCGUACACCUGUGAGGCCAUCAACGCCAAAGGCCUUGUGUUUGGUAUCCCUGACGGGGUCCUCAGCCUCACACAGAAACCAGGAAACUGUCCAGACGGUCACUUCAGUGUGGAGGGACGUUGUAUCUCCUGCUUCUGCUUCGGCAUCACCAAGAACUGUGGAACCACCGGCCGCUACCGCAACCAGAUCAACCUGCGCUUCACUGAUGAGGACGACUUCAAAGGAGUGAACGUGACGUACCCCUCUCGACCAGGCACCCCUCCUCUCUCCUCCACUCAGCUCCUCAUAAACCCUGAGGAGGAGGAGUUCCAGCUGGUCGACCUAUCACGACGCUUCCUCAUCCUGGACUCCUAUUGGACGCUUCCCCGCCAGUUUCUGGGCAACAAGAUUGACUCCUAUGGAGGUUCACUGAAGUACAAGGUGCGUUACACUCUGGCCCGCGGGGAGACUGAGCCUGAGGAGAAACCAGAUGUGAUUCUGACCGGGAAUGGUCAGAGACUGGUCUACCGCAGGGGCAACCCCACCCCCUCCAGGGUGGUCAACAAGAAGGAGAUCAAAUUCACUGAGGAGAACUGGCAGCACUCGUCUGGACGCCAGGUGUCCCGUGAGGACCUGAUGAUGACCCUGGCCAGCCUGGAGACCAUCAGCAUCCGCACCGUCUACGACAACCACAUGGUGAGCGUGGCGCUCAGCGACAUCGUCAUGGACACCACCACCGUGGAGUACAACAUCCAGGGCAACGCCAAGGAUGUGGAGGAGUGCAGGUGUCCCCCUGGCUACUCAGGACUGUCCUGUGAACAGUGCUCCACUGGCUUUGAGCGUGUGUCUGGGGGGAACUUCCUGGGAUCCUGUGCUGGAUGUAACUGUAAUGGACACGCCAGCGCCUGUGACCCUAUCAGUGGACACUGUCUGAGCUGCCAGCACAACACUGAAGGUCCUCAGUGUGACAAGUGCAGACCAGGCUACUUCGGUGACCCCAGACGAGGUCGCCCCGAUGACUGCAAGCCCUGUCCCUGUCCAUACACCGAGACUUCCCGCCGGUUCUCCGACACCUGCUUCCUGGACCAUGACUCCCAGGCCACGUGCGACGCCUGCAAACCAGGCUACACCGGCCGCCGCUGUGAAAAGUGUGCACCUGGGUACCAGGGUAACCCACUACAGCCUAAUGGCAAAUGUUUUCCAAACACAAACUCAAAGUGUGAUAGCAGAGGAACAGUGAACUCCAACAGCAGACCAUGCGCCUGCAAGUCCAAUGUGGUGGGGUCGCAGUGUGACGAGUGUAAGAGCGGCGCCUUCCACCUGACAGAGGAGAACCCAGAAGGCUGUCUACAGUGCUUCUGUAUGGGCGUCACCAAGCAGUGUGCCAGCUCCACCUGGAGCCGAGACCAGGUCCGUGGCGGUGUGAAUGGGCAGCUGUUCUCCCUCUCCAACAGUGCUAACUCCAGGACUAUCACAGAUGGUAUCACCCAGAAGGGCUCCUCAGAGGUGUCAUACCGCUCCUUCUCUGACAUCCCCAAGGACAUCUACUACUGGGUCCUACCAGACAGCUUCAGAGGAGACAAGGUGACAGCCUAUGGCGGAGAGCUGCGAUACACUGUGCGCUAUGAGCCGCGGCAACGCUCCCUGGUGAUUGACGGACAGCCGGAUGUGGUUCUCCAAGGCAACAGCAUCUUCCUGGAACACUUCUCGCAGACAAAGCCCCUCCCCCGCGCACCUACCACCGUCACUGUCACCUUCAGAGAGUCUGCAUGGAGGCGUGCUGAUGGACAGCCCUGUACUCGUGAGCACCUCCUCAUGGCCUUGGCUGAUACUACUGUAUUCAUGAUCAGAGCCACCUACGCUGACAACAUGGCUGAGACCAGUCUUUCAGACAUCCAAAUGGACAUUGCAGUUCCACGCUCCACAGGCAACGAACAUGCCCUUGAGGUGGAGGAGUGUGCCUGUCCCCAGGGCUACAAAGGACCAUCAUGCCAGGAGUGUGAUGUGGGCUACACCCGUACAGGCUCUGGCCUCUACCUGGGUACCUGUGAGAGGUGCGACUGUAACGGCCAAGCCAGCGGCUGUGACCAGGAGACAGGCGCGUGCUUGCAAUGCCUUCACAACACGGCCGGACCAAGGUGCGAGCGCUGUUUGCCAGGUUUCUACGGCAACCCUGUGACAGAUGGCCCCCAGGACUGUCAGCCCUGCUCCUGCCCUGGCACUUCCCCCAGCCACCAGUUUUCUCAGUCUUGCUACAAGGAUGUGGAUGGUCAGCCCACUUGUGACAACUGUCCCCCUGGCUUCACUGGCCGGCGCUGCGAAAGAUGUGCUGCUGGGUACACAGGCAACCCCCAGCUCGGCCAGAGGUGUAGUGACCUGAAUGGUAACUGCUAUAACUGUGACCAGAGAGGAAGUGAAGGAUGCAAUGGAAAUGGUGUGUGUCGCUGCAAGAUGAACGUUGAUGGCCUUGCCUGCUCCAACUGUAAGCAGGGAACCUUUCACAUCAGCACAGACAACAAAGAUGGCUGCCUGUCCUGCUUCUGCAUGGGUGUCACACAGCAGUGCUCCAGCUCCUCCCACUACAGAGACCAGGUGUCAUCCGUCUUUGUCCCUGGCAACUUCCAGGGCUUUGCUUUGGUCAACCGGCAGCGCACCAACCGUAUCUCCACCGGCUUCACUGUGGAAGUGUCCACCGAUGGCACACAGCUCUCCUAUAGCAACUUUGACUACCUAGGCCAGGAGCCCCACUACUGGCAGCUGCCUGGGGUCUACCAGGGGGACAAGGUGAGCUCCUACGGCGGUAAGCUGAAGUACACCAUCUCCUACGUAGCAGGACAGAGAGGAACAGCCAUCGAGGACCCUGACAUUCAGAUUAUUGGAAAUGACAUCACGCUGGUGGCUCGUCAGCCAUGGCAGAGGGGACAGGGGACAAGAGAGUCCCGCCAGUUUGAGGUUGUCUUCAGAGAGGAGAACUGGCGUCGUCCAGACGGCAUGCCUGCCACUCGGGAGCACCUGAUGAUGGUGCUGGCUGACCUGGAUGACAUCCUGGUGCGGGCCUCCUACUACACAGAGAUGAGGUCCUCCAGCAUCUCCGAGGUCAGCAUGGAGGUGGCCGUGCCCAAAUACAGUGGCCUGGCUCAGGCUCUAGAGGUGGAGCAGUGCAGCUGCCCGACUGCCUACCAGGGACUCUCCUGUCAGGACUGUGCUCCUGGCUACACCAGAACCGGAGGUGGCCUGUACCUGGGCCACUGUGAGCUGUGUGAGUGCAACGGGCACUCUGACUCCUGCCACUCAGAGACUGGCAUCUGCACGAGCUGCCUCCACAACACCCAGGGAGAAAUGUGUGAGCAGUGUGCUCCGGGCUUCUUUGGGGACCCCACCGCUGGAACCCCAGAGGACUGCCAGCCCUGUGCCUGCCCCCACACAGACCCUGACAACCAGUUCUCCCCUACCUGUGAAAGCCUGGGUAACGGUGGUUAUCAGUGCACUGCCUGCCAGCCUGGAUACACUGGCCAGUACUGUGAACGCUGUGCACCUGGAUAUGUUGGAAAUCCACAGGACAGGAUUAAGUGUCGUCCAUUCAACACAGUGGCAGCCUCUCUGGUGGUGAAGGUGUACCCUGAGAGGGUGUUGGUGGCCCAGGGCAGCCCUGUGACUCUGCGUUGCCAGGUGACCGGCUCUCCACCCCACUACUACUACUGGUCCAGGGAGGACGGAAAGCCCGUCACCAACAGCGCCGACAGACGCAGACAAGGAGAGGAGCUGCAUAUCCCCAGUGUUCAACCCAGUGACGCAGGCAUCUACGUCUGUACCUGCAGAGACCAACGCAACACCAACAGGAGCCGCGCUGAGAUCAUCGUCACAACUAUCUUAUCCAAACCCAUUGAAGUGACCAUUGAGGAGCCCAAAGCACAUAGCGUCACAGUUGGAGCAACAGUCAGCUUCAUCUGCACAGCCAAGAGCAAGUCUCCAGCCUACACCCUGGUGUGGACCCGGCGGGGUAAUGGCAAGCUGCCCAACAGAGCCAUGGACUUCAACGGCAUCCUGACCAUCCAGAACGUCCAGCCUGAGGACGCUGGCAUCUACGUGUGUACAGGCUCUAACAUGUUUGCCAUGGACGAGGGUACAGCCGUCCUCUACGUGCCAGAGGCCUCACAGACUCCGACGUUUUACACAGCCUAUGAAAUGUUUGAAGGACAUAGAAAGCCUGCCGAGGGGGCCGAGCCAGUGGCUACCGCCACUCCACCUGUCCUGACCAUCCAGCAAGGAGGCCGCGCUGAGUUCCGCUGUACUGUGACUGGCAACCCUACCCCUGCCAUCGAGUGGUUCGGUGGAGGUCCUGGUAACAGAAUGAGCCCCAAUGCUGUGGUCCAUGGAGGAGUACUAACCAUCCCUGCUGUGGAGAGGGGGGAUGAGGGGGAGUACUUCUGCAAGGCCCUCAACACCCAUGGAGAACACACAGCACGGGCUGUCCUCUACGUACACAGUGGGUCUCAACAUCAACAGCAGGCCAAUGUCACAGGUGCCAGCCUGCCCCACGUGCAGGUGAGCCCCCAGAGAGUGAACAUCCAUGAGGGGGAGACGCUGAGGCUGUACUGCCGGGCUGGAGGCACGCCCAACCCCGGACUCACCUGGAAGAAACAGGGAGGACAACUUCCUCCGCAGGCCAUUCCUUCUCACGGUUUCCAUCAGUUUAAAAGCAACAGUCUCGAUGUGUUACAGAGACGUAUUGAGGAGCUGCAGACCCGUAUGGAGCGUACAGACAUUGGCACCCUUCUCAUCCCCAACAUCAAGUCCUCUGACUCUGGCACCUACCUGUGUGUCGGAACCAACUCCAUAGGGUCCUCAGAGGCUCGCAUCGAGGUCACUGUCAAUAGAGCAAUAGGAGGAGACACCAUCUCGUCAGCCAUCACCAUCCAGCCCUCCAUAGCUGACGUCCAGGAGGGACAGUCUCUGGACCUUAACUGUUUUGUCCCUGGUAACCCCCCACCUGCUGUCACCUGGAGGAGGUCUAGUGGACGCCUAUCUGCCAAUCACCAGGUUCUGGGUACCCAGCUGCGUAUCCUCUCUGCCAGCCCAGAUGACUCUGGGGAGUAUAUCUGUCGUGCGGAGGCAGGGCCUGGUACAACUGUCCGUCAGGCCUCAGUCUCUGUCUCAGUCACAGCCACCUCCUCUCGCCUGCAGACCCCUAUCAUCUCCAUUGAGCCCCACAGUGCAGCGGUGCGAAAGGGAGAGUCAGCCAGCUUCAAGUGUAGGGUCUACAGUGGAGCCCAGCCCGUUCGCCUGGAGUGGAAACUGUCCAACAACCAGCCCCUUCCUGACAAUGUGAAGAUUGACCAUUACGGCUCUGUCCUCAUCAUCACUGAUGCCCGCCCUAGCAACCAGGGAACCUACCGCUGUGUGGCUAGCAACUUGUUUGGAAUCACCCAGAGCAUGGUCUCUUUGAUUGUCAGAGAGUCUCCCGUAGCGACUGUCACCCCUCAGGGGCCUGUGCGAGUCAAGGUGGGUGAACCCAUCAAUCUGGAGUGCCAGGCCUCCGGGGAGCCACGGCCAUCUGUCACAUGGCACAGGCUGGACAACGCCCGCAAGACCAUGCUGAGUAGUCCUGUGCCCAUGGAGUCCAACGCUGUCAUGCAGGUCCUAGUGGCCCGUCCAGAAGACAGUGGCACCUACGUGUGCACGGCCCGCAACAACGAGGGAACCACCGAGACCAGGGUGGAAGUGAUCGUGGAAGGGGGUGCCCAGGUGCCCACCUCACCACGUGCCUCUGUGCCAGAACCCCUUAUGGUGGUGGUGGAGGGACAGACCACCACACUGAGAUGUGAUGCUCACGGAUUCCCCUCCCCUAAGAUCACAUGGUCUAAGCUGCGUGCCCCUCUUCCCUGGAGACAUAAGGUAGUGGACAACACCCUAGUCCUGCCCAGUGUUGGCCGGGCAGACUCUGGAGAGUACAUCUGUAACGCCACCAACAACAUGGGCACCACAGAGGUCACCAUCAUGCUGGAUGUGGAGACUCCUCCUUAUGCCACCUCCCUGCCCGACGACGUGGCAGUGCGUGUGGGCGAGGUUAUCCGACUGCAGUGCCUGGCCCAUGGUACUCCCCCCCUGCUCUUCCAGUGGACCAAGCUGGACGGCAGCCUGUCCACCAGGGCUGACGUCCAAGCAGGAGACCUCCAGAUCAACCUGGCCACAGCCGAAGACACUGGCACUUACAAGUGUGUCGCCACCAACAAAGUGGGCACCAGUGAAGCACAUGCCAAGGUUACAGUCAGAUCGCCCCUAGCGGUGCGUGUGUCUCCUCAGGUGGAGGUGAAGGCCCAGGGUAGUGCUGUGGAGUUCACCUGUUCUGCUGCAGGAGGCCUGGGGACCACCAUGGAGUGGCUGAAGGAGGGAGGAGCCCUGCCCCCCAACCAUCACAUCAAAGACGGAGUGCUGAGAAUUGAGAACCUGGAUCAGAGCAAUGAGGGCGUCUACAUUUGCAGAGCUACCAGUGUUCAUGGCCAGGCUCAGGAUACCGCCAAGCUCACCAUCCAAGCCCUUCCCAAGGUAAUGAUCAACGUACGUACCUCAGUGCAGACUGUUAUGGUUGGUAACUCGGUGGAGUUUGAGUGCCAGGCCAUCGGCGAGCCCCAGCCCACGGUGCGCUGGAGCAAGGUGGGAGGGCUGCUACCGGCACACAUUGUGGUGAAGGGCGGCAUGCUUAAGAUCGAACAGGUGACAGACGCUGACGCUGGACAGUACCGCUGCACUGCCACCAACGAUGUGGGCUCUGUGCAGUCCCAGGUGGUCCUCAAUGUCCAGUCCCUACCCCAGAUCGCAGCUCUGCCAGAGCUGAAGGAAGUGACAGUGGGAUCUGAUGCUGUCCUGCCCUGUGUGGCAUCAGGAUACCCAGUGCCUGCCAUCAAAUGGUCCAAGCUGGAUGGGGAGCUUCCUCCUAAGUGUAUACAGGUAGUCAACACCUUGACGGUUCCUGGAUUGACCCACGAGGAUUCUGGGACAUACGUGUGCACUGCCUCCAACAAGCAGGGAAAAGUGGAGGCCUUCACCACCCUCAAAGUCCAUGAUCGAGUGAUGCCCCAUUUCACCCAGGAGCCCCUGUCCUAUCUCACUCUGCCCACCAUCAAGAACGCCUACAAGUCCUUCAGCAUCAAGAUCAGCUUCAGGCCAGACAAUCCUGAUGGAAUGAUCAUCUAUAACGGACAGAAGAGGACCAUGGGAGCAGACUUCAUCUCUUUGGGGCUGGUGGGAGGCAGGCCUGAGUUCAGGUUUGACGUGGGUUCUGGCAUGGCCACCAUCCGCUACCCCACACCCAUCAAACUAGGAGAGUUCCACACCAUAGAACUCCACCGAAACCAGACACAGGGCUCCAUUGUAGUGGACAGAGAGGCUCCAGUCAACGGAAGCUCCCAGGGCAAGUUCCAGGGGCUGGAUCUAAAUGAGCAGUUGUAUGUAGGUGGUUACCCCAACUACACCCUCCUGGCCAAGACCGCUAGCCUCAAGACUGGCUUCAUUGGCUGCAUCCGUAAGCUGGUCAUCCAAGGUGAUGAGGUCAUCUUCAAGGAUCUGGACCGCAGCUCUACGGGCGUGUCCAACUGUCCUGUCUGCACUGACCGUCCCUGUCAGAAUGGAGGGAUAUGCCAGGACUCUGAUGCCAGUCUGUACAAGUGUAGCUGUCCCAGAGGAUUCACAGGGAGUAACUGCCAGCACCACUCCUCCCUGCACUGCCACCCAGAGGCUUGUGGACCAGAUGCCACCUGCAUCAACCGUCAGAACAACAUGGGCUACGACUGCCGAUGUCACUUGGGGAAGUCUGGAAACAAGUGCAUGGACGGUGAAUUGGUGACUACUCCCCUGUUUGAUGGUAUGGACUCGUACAUUGCAUACCCUCCUCUGACCAACAUCCACAACGACCUGCGCAUCGAGAUGGAGUUCAAACCCAUGAACCUGGACGGUCUGAUGUUCUUCAGCGUGGGCAAGAAGAUGAAGACGGAGGACUUUGUCUCCCUGGAGAUGGUGGAUGGACACGUGCAGUUCCGCUAUGAACUGGGGACUGGCCAAGCUGUCCUGCGCAGUCCUGAGCCGGUCACCCUGAGCCAGUGGCACCGCUUGGAAGCCGGGCGCCUCGACAAGGAUGGCUCUCUGAAGAUUGACGGUGGCCGGGAGGUCAGGAGGUCGUCACCAGGCAAGGCCCAGGGCCUGAAUAUCCACACCCCCAUGUACCUAGGAGGAGUCCCCAACUUUGAUAUCAUACCCAAGGCCCUUAACAUCAGUGUUGUGUACGAUGGAUGCAUAGGAGAGGUGUCCAUCAACGGUAAGAAGGUGGACCUGUCCUACAGCUUCACAGACAGCAUGGCCAUCAUCCAGUGUAAGGACAACAGUCCCUGUGACCGCAACCCCUGUCUAAACGGGGCCAGCUGCAUGCCGAGCGCAGAGUAUGAGUACCAGUGUCUGUGCAAGGACGGCUUCGAGGGUGAGCGAUGUGAGGUGUUGAAGGAUACCUGCCAGAGCAGUGACCAGUGCCAGAACGGAGGCAGCUGUGUCAACAGCCAGUGUGUGUGUCCUGUAGGCUUCAAUGGCCCCAUCUGUGGAGAGAGCCAGGUCUCCAGCUUCACCGAUGCCCUGUGGAAUUUGGAGGGUAGCGGGGGGAAUGAUGCCCCCAUUGAGUAUGCAGUUAAAUUCUAUGACAACGGUUACCUUGCUCUUCCCAAGACUAUCUUCCCCAGAAGUGGCACUGACACUCCAGAGACCAUUGAGCUGGAAAUCAAGGUCAACAGCAACUCCAAAGAGGGCCUGAUCCUGUGGCAGGGAGUGGAACUUGGAGAUCAAGGCAAGGGCAAGGACUUUAUCAGUCUUGGUCUGCAAAACGGACACUUUGUCUUCAGCUACCAGCUGGGCAGUGGUGAGUCUCAGAUCCAGUCCAGAGAGCCCAUCAACGAUGGCAGAUGGCACAAGGUCACUGCUGUGAGAACUGGUAAACAGGGAUAUAUUCAGAUAGACGGAGGAGCCAUUCAACGAGGACAAUCACAAGGCAAAAGCAUCAUGGUGAACACCAAAGGCAACGUAUACCUGGGUGGCGCCCCGGACAUAUUUGCGAUGACGGGAGGGAAGUUCUCCUCGGGGCUCGAAGGUUGUGUGAGGAACCUGUCUCUGAUGAACGCCCGGCCGGGAGAGCAGCUGGCCAGACCCAUCGAGCUGCAGGCCACCGCAGAGAAUGGCAUCAACGUGGGCCGUUGCUCCUCAUAGACCUACAGCAGCCCCCACACAAACACACACACACACAAACACACACACACACACAGACAGACACACAGACACACACACACACACACACACAGAGAGACUAUGGAGACAAGAUACACACAGACAUUCACAGUUACACGCAAACACACAGAGACUUACAUACAUGCGUACACACAGUCAGUUUGAUACAAUUGUGGUGCUUUGCUCCUACCAAAAACAAAGAUACACAACACAAAAUGAUAUUUUGCUCUAUGUGCAUUAAACCAAAAAAAAAAAGAAAAAAUGAAAUGAUAUUAACAAGUCUUCACUUCCUCAGUGUUGUAUUGUCAAUGAAGGUCAAGGACUAUUAACACAGAUCCAGUACAGUUUACAUACUCCCGGCAGUAGCUUUUAGCCAUGACAACAAGAGAGUAAAACGCUAUAGGCCUUCUACGAUGGGUCAGAUCCUAUGGAGUUGGAGAUGUUUUUACAGCACUGAAUUUUUAUUUAUAUACAUAUAAAUAUAUAUUAUAUAUUUGUGGGGGAAACAUGCAAACUAACCAUAACUGCUCUACUUUGUCCUAGAGUUGAUUCUGGGUUCUAAUACUGUGUGUCCAGGGCUUUUUUAUAGGGCCUAGUUGUGUUAAUACUUGAAGACAUUUAGGCCUUCUACUUUCUUCUUCACUUCUGUAGGGGAACCUGAGGGGCGAGCAUGAUCACAGCCUUGUCACACUAUUGGUAGGGGGGUCACAGAGGUCACGUCACAAAGCAGCAUCAAGACACAUCUCAGGGGAAGACAGGAUUUUAAAAACAAACAGACAGGAUUUUAAAAACAAGCUAUUAGAAGUAAUGGUGCCAUUCAAUUCUGCCAAAUCUUUUCUGAUCUGAUUCUAAAAUACCUUGCCUUUCCAUACCUAGCAUGGUUGCCUCUUUUGUGUCUGUAAAUUGUUUUUUUUUAAACUUGGUGCUAUUAAGUCAGACAUGAAAAUACAGCGCACUAACACUCAUGUGUCUGUCUCCUUAUAUUAAUGUAGUACAUAUGUUGUUACAUUUACUACUUUCUUUCACCUCUCCUGAGGUUGGGGAGGUUGUGUUGUUCUCCAGAUUAAAUCUGAGGUUUAUUUUAGUAUUUUUAGUGUGGCUCAGUCUCCUCAUGAGUUCUAUCUGAUUGAGUAGAUCUCAAAAGACAUCAAGGUGGUGUUUUAAAGAAUGAAUGUAGAUUGUAUUUUGAAGUUUUUUUUUAUUAUGAGCGGUUCUGAGAAUUCUAAGACAUUUUGUAAUGUUGCUUCUGCAGUCACAAUCAUAUGCUUACUAUUUCCAAGUCAGGUAAAUAUCAGUUUAGUCUGGGUAUGUGGGGGUCCCAGGACCAACUUUGGGAAACCCUGAUUUAGUAGACUAUCUUAUCCAGAGCAACUUACAGUAGUGCAUGCACUAUACAUUUCUCAUACUGGUCCACCGUGGGAAUUGAACCCACAACUCUAGCGUUGCUAGUGCCAUGCUCUACCAACUGAGCCACACGGGACCAUAUUUUUAUCCCUAUAUGACAUUGUGUGUGUACUGUAUGUGAUUGUACUAAAUGCGUGUAAACUGUGUACUGUUGCUCUAUGUGUGUGUACUUUAUGUUCGCGUCUCGCCAUCUAAAUCCUCAGGAGGGUUAACGCAGAACUGCGUCAAGAUGUUCCUCAGUCAUUUUCAGGUUCAGUAGCAACUAGCCUCAGUAGGUCUCAUAGAACUAACAGGUCUGACAUGGAACUCUAGCAGCUGCAUCAUUUUGUUAGCUGUUGUACCUAACGCACUAUGCAAGCAGAUUCAUACCAAAAUAAUUUGACAUGGAUAUGGCUUCCAUAACUUGGGGUAGACCGAUUGGAUGAGACGAACAGUAGACAUACAGCAGACAGAGUAGAUUACUUCAGUAGUGGGGGAAAACAGUUGAAACCUGCCUGGUGGGGUGCGUGCUAACUGUGACCUAUGGAGCUCCAAUGAGCACGCUCGCCCACACUGGUUGACCACAUGACAAAUAUGGCAUCAUAGUUUCACAAACUUUUCACAUUUUGUAAGUUUAAGAUUAUGUUGAUUAAUAUUCUAAAAAUGAGCACUAUCAUUUCACUUAAAGUUGCUUCAUUUUUAUUUAUUUUUGUUUCUUUAUUUGAUUAAUUUCUGUUGUUUAUUUCAGGCUUGAUUCUGCUGUUGUAGAGCAAUCAGAAAAGCUUGCCAUCAUUUCUUUUCUUGCGUUAUUGUGUAUUCCCUCCCCACAUCCCCAUGCCCUUCAUGUUGGAUUUUUAAUACCGUUCUUCUGUCUUCCCCGACUGAAGUUCCCACCAUGACAUAUACAGUCUCAGUUGAGUGUCUGUGGAACAACUGUGGUAACUGACAGUAACAUCAGCCCGAGAAGGGGUUGUCAACUGCUUUGUGCCAGACCCAAAUAAAUCUAUGUGUAUCUAUAGAUCUAUAUAUACAGUAUGGCUCUGGUUUGAAAUGAUAAAACGAAGGAUUUUAGGCUCUGUAUAUCACAUUGAGUAGAGUCACCAUUACUCAUUGGGAAAGGUUACAAUGUGAUUAUUGUGUAAUUGACAGGAGUAAACACUGCAUAAACACAGAUGAGAAAAACAUCAUACAAUCACAAAUCAAUAAUACAUUGAAUUCUCAUUUGUGUAUAUCAUCAUAAGUUAUAUUUGGGUAUGGUUGAUGUACUGAGUAUGUAUGAAGUAAAUAUGGCCACUCAUCAUUGAUGAAGAUAUUAUUUAACCUUUUUUGACAUUUUUAAUAUUGUCUCUGUUUCUUUUUUUGGAUUAAGACAUGUUGAAAAAUACUGUCACAAAUGUCUAGUGAAUGGAAGUGUACUACACAUAAUAUUAUUGUCCAUUGGAUGAUACUGCUCUUGUUCCUGACUGAACCAUUUCCAGAGUUGAAAGGAAUGACUCUUCCCCUCCCUCAGUGUUUCUUCAUUAAAACAACAUUCAUGUGCUA